UUGAGAAAAUUCCCUUGUUUGCUUGGAUUUGCCCAUUGGGAUUCUUUGAUUUGUUCUCUUAGAACAUUGAGUAAAAACUUGUGUGUGAUCACCUAAAUCUGAGAGAAACACUUGUGUGGGUGAGGAUCAAACACUUGAGAGUGUGAGGUUUUUAUCUACUAACUUUUGUGUUGAGAUUUUUCAGGUUUAUGAUGUUUGGUUUGCAAAGGAAAAGUAACAAGGAGAAGCCUCAACGAAAUUCUAACUCUCAAACUCCUUUUAAAUAUCCUUUGAAUUAUUUUGAUGAGUUUGUUAGUGUGCAGGAACAGCCAGCUAUAAGGAGAAAAACAACCAGAGAUGUGGCUGAUCCAAAAAGGCAACCCUUUCAAAUUGAUGUCCAACAAAUUUGUGAUAACCUUGUGAAGGGAGUGGACAAAGCCCUUAAGGACUUCAACAAGAGCCAAAAGAAGAGCACAUCCACACGUGCCCCAGUAGCUGAGCCAUCCUUGUUCAUCAGUAAGAAAGCCCAAGGUGAAUCUGAAAACCAUUUUGAAGAACUUAAAGAUUUUUCAGAUUCUCUACCCAUUUUUGAUGAAUCUGAUGAAGAGCUAAUUGAAAGCUUGAUGUUUUGUGAAAAAGAUUGUGAUCUUCCUUCUCUUGAAACUGAGUUUAAUCUUGAUAAUGAACAAGCUAUUGUAGAACUACAUGUUUUGCAACCGGAGCUUCCGAGUAGUCUUGUUUUGUCUCCACAGGUUUUUGAGGAAGAGCCACUGGAUUUUCCACAUCAGUGCCCAUGUCUUGACACUAGGAUAUGUUUGGAUGAUGAAAUAGGUCCUAUCUUUGAUGAGGAGGACGAACUUGGUCCAGUCUUUGAUGAAGAAGCAACAAGCAUCACAUCCAUUGCUAUGGAGAAUUAUCUAUGCUUUGGUCCCGGCACAACUCCUGCCCCUCUACCUCCGGAUCUUCAAGAGCACUUGUUUAUUUUGAGUAUACAGGAAAGACAGAUUCAGCCUCUAAGAAUUGAAAGCAUUGACCGUACCCAACAGCCUGAGUUUUGGAGAAGCUUUGUUGAAACCGGCUACCUUGAUGCCAGCGACAGAGGUUCAGUCCAAGGAGGAUAUCUCAACAUUCCGAAGGUCUUUCGUCAUGAAUUCAAUUUCCCUGGAAAGCCAACUCACCAAGGAUUCACUGAGGCUUGGAAUCACUUCGAAAGCUUCACGGAAGAAGGAGUUAUGAAUUUUCCAAACCGGAGGUUCUUCAACCCAUCUAUCCGCGAGUACCAGACUUCUAAAGGAGAUUCAGACUCAAGAAAGGAGCGGCCUGAGCCAAAACCAAACCAGCUAAAGUGAUCUUCCUAUCUUAGGGUUCUUCAGUUUGUAUCAGAGCCACUUUGGCUGGUUUGUU